AUGUCGUUGAAAAGCAUAGUAAGAGAACUGAAGGAGAUGAGAGAUGGUAUUGGCAGCAUGUCAAGGCGAGGUGUGGAGAGCAGGCGUUGGAAUGGUCGGACAAAGUCGCAUGUUGCUCCAGAUAUCACUCUAACUAAUCUUGAACCCAUUCAGCAAGGGCAGUGGGCGAAUUUACCGCCUGAAUUGCUUCUGGACAUUAUAAGUAGGGUGGAAGAAAGUGAGACUACCUGGCCUGCACGUGCUGUUGUUGUUCAUUGUGGUUCGGUUUGUAAAUCGUGGAGAGAUGUUACAAAAGAGAUUGUCAAGACUCCUGAACAGUGUGGAAGGAUCACAUUUCCUAUUUCGUUGAAACAGCCUGGCCCUCGUGAUUCCCCGAUACAGUGCUUCAUCAGGAGGAACAGAGAAACUUCUACAUAUCUAUUGUACAUUGGCCUGGUGCCAUCGGAGAACGAGACUGAUAAGUUGUUUUUAGCUGCCAAAAAGGUAAGAAGGGCAACAGGCACAGACUUUGUUGUAUCUUUGGUUGCAGAUGAUUUCUCUCGCUCCAGCAACACAUAUGUUGGAAAACUCAGGUCUAAUUUUUUGGGUACCAAGUUCACUAUUUAUGACAGCCAACCACCACAUGGACCUACCAUUCAACCAGAUACUCAAUCUAGUAGAAGAUUUCAUUCUAAGCAGGUAUCUCCUAGAGUUCCAGCAUGUAACUAUGUAGUUAGCACCAUUGCCUAUGAGUUGAAUGUUCUCCGUGCGAGAGGUCCAAGGAGAAUGCACUGCACCAUGAACUCCAUACCUGUCUCAGCUAUUCAGGAAGGGGGCAAUGCUCCAACACCUACAUCUUUACCACAAAUCAUUGACGGGCCUUUUUCUCCCUCACCAGCACCAAAAGGAAAAAGUUCAAUUAGAGAUUUAAACAAUGUAAACCUCCCUCAGCUACCAGUAGCAAACCAUGGCUCAGCUGAGCCCAUGGUACUUAAAAAUAAGGCUCCUAGAUGGCACGAGCAACUGCAAUGCUGGUGCCUAAACUUCAAGGGUCGUGUCACAGUGGCUUCUGUUAAAAACUUUCAACUUGUGGCCGCUGUUAAUCCAUCUCAUAAUGUUUCUGCUGCAGAGCAAGAAAAAGUAAUCUUGCAGUUUGGAAAGAUUGGAAAAGACAUAUUUACCAUGGAUUACCGAUAUCCGCUCUCUGCCUUCCAAGCCUUUGCCAUAUGCCUGAGCAGCUUUGAUACCAAACCAGCCUGUGAAUGA